AUGUCCUCCUCGUCCAAAAUUGAAAAAAUUAUCGCGCGCCUGCAAAAGCGCAUUGCCGAAGGCGCAUUCGAAGAGCAGUACGAGGCGGCCCAGGAGACCCGGCUCGUGGCGGCGCGCUACACCAAGCAGAACAACUAUGGCGCGGCGGUCGACAUCCUGUCCAACGUGUCGCAGGCGCUGCUGCGGGCGGGCCAGGGCGGCAGCGGCGGGGACCUGGCGAUCCUGCUGGUGGACGUGUACCGGCAGGCCGGGCAGAAGCCCGACGGCGGGUCGCGCGGCAAGCUGCUGACUUGCUUGAGGCUGUUUGAUCGGGACGAGCCGAUGCGGAAGAAAUUCAUUAAGGAGAUGAUUGAGUGGUCCAGAAAGUUCGGCGACUACCCGGCCGGCGACCCGGAGCUGCACCACGUGGUCGGCUCGCUGUAUGCCGAGGAGUACGAGCCCGAGGAGGCGGAGCGGCACCUGAUACUCGGCACCAAGGAGUCGGCCGAGGUGCUCAGCCGCAUGGAGUACGAGUGGUACAAGGAGGACGACUUGCACACGGCGCCCCUCUACUGCGCCCGCGCCGUGCUCCCCUAUCUACUCGUCGCCAACGUCCGCGCUGCCAACGCGUCGUACCGAGCCUUCGUCAGCGCCCUCGCCGCCGAUAAUAAGGGGCUGGCCGUGCAGGAUGUGAGCUCUCAGGCCUCGGAUGUCCGCGUCUUCCCCAGCCUGCCGCUGCUCAACUUUCUUGGGUUGCUCCUGCUGGCGGUGCAAAAGGGAAGCCCCGAUUUGUUCCGGCAACUGAAGAACAAGUACGCGGCAAACCUCAGCGAGCUUGGCGGGGCGUGGGACACGGCGCUUGAGAUGGUCGCCGAGAUGUACUUUGGUAUUCAGCGGCCGAGGCAAAGCAAUCCCUUGUUCGAUAUGAUGGGGAGCCUGUUUGGUGGCGGCGCGCCUGGUGGGGGGCAAAGUAGGCCAGCGGCUCGCCGGGUGGAGGCGCCCGCUGCCGAGGGGUUGGACUGA